AUACCAAUGGAAAACGUCAGUGUUGUAGGGGAGGUGGGACCUCUCAAGGAAUGGUUUCGAACUGACUUCUUCCCACUGCUCUCAUUUCCUGUUUUUGGCAAUAGUGUCAAACCUAGGACUAGUCGAUAAGAGAAACCAGAGCAAACACACAGUAGACAGGCAGCAUGGAGGUUACUGUGGACAUGAACAUCUAUCAGAACUCCCAUCAGGGCCAACAUACUCAGAGUCAGACCCCAGUGCGGACGGAUGACAGACGUUACAAAGAGUACAGAUUGUACAGUCUGGUUGCAGUGAGUUUUGGGCUACUCUGUGUUCUGCAAGUGACUCUCAACAUCUACCUGCGUCUUGUCGGGGGAUCUUGUCCAGAAGGGUGGCUGUCUUUUGGUUCCAGCUGUUACCAUAUUUCAGCCUCACACAGAAACUGGACUGACAGCAAGGAGGACUGCCACCAGAGGGAGGCAGAACUGAUUGUUAUAAACAGCCAAGAGGAGCAGGAAUUUGUGAAAGCACUCUCUGUGACAGCUUGGAUUGGUCUCAGCUGCAGCGAAGAAGGGAGAGUCUGGAAAUGGGUAGAUGGUAGGCCACUGACCACUGGGUUCUGGUCGACUGGAGAGCCCAACAACAAUGGGAACAACGAGAACUGUGCUGAGAGUUGGCCCCGUUCUCCAUCUCUGGAAUCCUGGAAUGAUGCGAGUUGUGACUCUGAAUCUCACUGGAUAUGCAAGAGAACACCCUAGUCCAAUAUGUGAUGCCAGACGCAUACAUCAUGAGUGCUUUUGCGCUCUACAUCAAAAAACAUACAAAUAAAUAAAAAGAAUGAUUCAUAA